AUGAACUUCAACGCCUACCAUGAGGAGACCCCUGCAGAUGUGAAGAAUGCAACAGAUCUUCACCUGAUCACCGAGAAUACUCCUAAUGGGCAAAAGGUGCAGAUUCUGCUGGAGGAAUUGGCAGAUGCAUAUGGCUUGCAAUGGACCACAACUCUUCUCAACACGUCAACCAAUGAACAGAAGAAAGACUGGUUUCUCAGCUUCAAUCCUAAUGGUCGGAUCCCUGUCGUUAUUGACAACUCUCAAUCUCAGCCAUUUCCGGUGAUGGAGACAUCUGCCGAACUCCUCUAUCUCCUUAAAUUUGACCAAAACGGCCGUUUCGGCUUCCAAGACCAUCUUGAGCAUAGCGAGCUUCUGCAAUGGUUGUUCUUCUGGCAUGGGAGCGGUGCGCCGUAUCAAGGGAACCUCACCUUCUUCCGACGUGCCCCAGAGCAAAUCGACUUUGCCAUCGAUAGAUUCCGAAAGGAGACCUACCGCGUCUUUGGCGUCCUCGAGAUCCAGCUGUCAGGCAAGUAUACUGGACAAUCAAAGGACUUUCUGGCUGGCAAGGGCCAGGGGAAGUAUUCUAUCGCCGACAUUGGGACCUGGGCGUGGGUGAAGAACUGGCAACGCAGCGGCUUCACAGAGCAGGAGAUGAAGGUGUUUCCACACCUGCUUGCAUGGAUCGAGAGGAUCGCACAGCGUCCUGCCGUCCAGAGAGGAGUCAGUGAGAAAUACGCCGCGUCUUAG